AUGAACCAUAAAGCUGUUUGACUCUGUAUGAACCCAGAUGAGCAGAAGAAGAGGGACCUUUCGCCGGUGUCGACUCUGAUAUUUCCGACAGCCCCUGACGUACACACCGUCCGGAGUCAUCCUGCGGCUGAGCUGACCCUCCGGACCCCCCAACACCUGCUCUCCUCACCGGGAACCCGCCACCUGCAGCCGGCCAUGGCGCUCCGGAGGUUCUUCGUGGGAGGAAACUGGAAGAUGAACGGGAACAAGGAGAGUCUGGAAGAGCUGAUCACCACCCUGAACACCGCCAGCCUGCACGACGAGACCGAGGUGGUGUGUGCUGCUCCCUCCAUCUACCUGGACUUUGCUCGGUCUAGUCUGGAUCCCAGGAUCGGUGUCGCAGCCCAGAACUGCUACAAGGUGGCCAAGGGAGCGUUUACAGGGGAGAUCAGUCCGGCCAUGAUAAAGGACUGCGGGGUGGACUGGGUGAUCCUGGGACACUCUGAGCGCCGUCAUGUCUUUGGGGAAGGUGACGAGCUGAUUGGCCAGAAGGUGGCUCACGCUCUGGAGAGUGACCUGGGUGUGAUCGCCUGCAUCGGGGAGAAGCUGGAGGAGCGGGAGGCGGGCACCACAGAAGAAGUGGUCUACGCUCAGACGCAGGUCAUUGCAGAGAAUGUGAAGGACUGGGGGAAAGUGGUGCUGGCAUAUGAACCUGUGUGGGCCAUCGGCACAGGCAAGACAGCUUCACCUGAACAGGCUCAGGAGGUCCACGAGAAGCUGAGGGCGUGGCUCAGAGCGAACGUGUCAGAUGACGUGGCCGACUCUGUGCGCAUCAUCUACGGAGGUUCAGUGACGGGAGCUAACUGCAAAGAGCUGGCGUCUCAGGGUGACGUAGACGGCUUCCUGGUGGGCGGAGCCUCUCUCAAACCAGAAUUCAUCGACAUCAUCAACGCUCGUGCGUAACAGACACGGGAAACGGCUCCAUCGGGACCAAUGAAAGACACCCUUUAGAUCAUCACCAUGUGUCUGCAAACUGGGCCGACUGAUCCGCAGUGUGUGGAAGUAGAGAACGUUUUAUUUUGAAAAUUGGAUGAGGUAAAUACAGGGCGGUAGGAUUCAGUAAAUAUCAACCCUUUUUUGUUGUGUUUUGGUGUUAUUUGUGGGAAUUUAGCUCUUUUAUUUGUCAUAUUACAGUUAACAGUCAAACUACUGUAUUUUUCUGUUCUUAUUCCCAAUUUCUAACGUUGUUGUGUUACAUAAUCAAAUGUACUUCACCUUGAUUGUCUGUGUUGCAAGGAUUCAAGUUCAGCUUCAGGGAGAAACGGGGAGUGUGCACAGUCUCGUUUUCAGAUGACUUUUUUCCUGUUUUACUUUCAUUAUUCAAGAGGUGAAACAAGACAGUUUAGAGGAGAGAGAGGAAAUAUAAAAUUAAUAUCUGAUGCAAACAAUUCAGUGUUUCUUUGAUCUCCUCAUAAAACUGCUGAUGUUCAGAUACGUGAAGGAUCAGUCAGCUCAGGUUGUUUGUGUGUUUGCUAACAGACUGAUAACAGUGUUGUAAUGUUGUAUUAUUGAUGCACUCUCACUUAACUGCACUAAAUGUUACUUCAGGGUCCUUGACAAUAAAAGCUAUGGACAGAAUGUACUUAAAUAUAUAACAUAAAUAUAUAUACAUAUGUAUAUGUAUCAGCUGGUACUCAGCUAUGAGCAGUCGGGGACUUUUAUUGUGAAGUUGUCACUAAUAGGCACUAAAGCUUUAUGUAGUUAACACUGCACUAUGUGUGCUUAACACAUGACAUUGUGUGUUCAUCGCAUGAAUAAGGAGGAUGUGACCAAUGUUAGGAACUGAGUGAAUAAAUAAAUAAA